AUGUAUGACUUUGUAUUUAACUUUCCAACAUGUAUACCUGAUGCUAUACAUGUUGGAAAGAGUUUGAAGUGUUCAUUUUGCAACUGGUACAUUCUUCUUAACGGUCAGCGUUCAAAUUUAGCCAUUCUGAGAACAUUGCGAGAUGAUAGUGAUCCCGAAACUAGGAAGUUGUUUAGAAAACUUCUUAAAGACGGUGAUGCAGUACGAAACAAGGAUCGCAUGGCAGUUGACGCCAUUCUUGACCUUAUGGCUGAAAAUUUUAUUCGUGCUGUUGAAAAUGUUGAGUUUGCCGUUCAUGCUCUUGUGCCUGAGCGAUUCAAGUUUACAGAAGAUAAUAACGUUGGUGCUUUUCCUCACCCGGUGGAUAUUACAAACGCAGGCAGUGGAAUUUUGUUUAUGUUAGAUUUUGCUCCUUUGAAGGAACAUAGUAAGCUUGUUUGCAUAAUCCAGUUCGUUUAACAGUAAUGAAAGAAAAGCUACCCAGCGCUAAGUCAUUGUGUGUGACCAAUGGUUUUGUGUUUGUUUGUUCUGCCGAUGGUAUCAUUGUGGUAGAACACACAAGUCAACUAUCUAUCAAAGUCCAGUCUCUUAGGAAAGCUGAACUUAUUGUCGAACUUACGAAGAGAGGCGUUGAAGCCACUGGAAAUGUCACUCAGCUCAAGAACAAAUUGAACUUAGAAAAUGAAAAAUUACGAGCUCAAUAUGCUUCUGUCAAAAAGCGGACGGAUAUUGUUCAUCUAAAUAAAGAUAUCCAUACGGUUGACUGUUUAAGUUCAGCGUCAGAUGAAAUCCUAAUUGUAGGUAGCAACGUUGAUCAAAAAGUUUACCAAGUUCUUAUAGAGAAGGAUGGUGUGGGUCUCGUUGGCAGUGUCACACAGAGUUUCACUUACCCUCAGAAUGACAUCAAGGUUGUUAGCAUGACCACUUCCACUGGCAGUCUUUUCUUUUCGUCAGUGGGACCUCAAGGCCAAGACGACUAUGGAGGGCUUUUCCAAGUGAACCUCGAAUCUAAUUUGCCUACGUGUUUGGUUCGAAACUCACCAAAUUGCGAAGUACAUGGAAUUGCUCCAUACAAGAACGGGAUUGCCUUUUCUGAUAUUAAGACAAACCAAAUAAAGCAGUACCAUUGUUUGUCUGGUGUAUCCAUCUUAGCAGGAAAUGGUAAAGAAGGAAACGUGAAGGGAAAUGCCAAAUUUGCUAGUUUUAUGCAGCCAGCUGGUCUUUGUUCCGAAUUGGAUACCAAUCUGUUUCUCUGCAAUUCCCAAAAUGGAGAAGUUGUUUUAAUUACGGGACUGCAAGGAACAUGUGAAUUUCUUUCAUCCAUUGGGAAAAUGUUUCGAGCAUUUUCUAUCCAUAAGAAGCACAAUUUCCUAGCACCAUUACCAACUGUCGGAUUACAUCACAUUGUCCGUUGA